AUGAGGCAUGCAAGACACAAGAGGGACACGACAAAAUUUUGCGGAUUUCACAAGGACAUAGGACAUACAACGAAAAGAGUGUCGUCAGUUAAAAGACGAGAUGGAAAGCCUUAUCUCGUGUGGCCAAAUCCGCCCAAUAACCCAGGUCACCAAAGACUACAACCUCCUCCUGUAGAAGGAGAGGAAAUUUUGGUUAUCUCAGGAGGGCCGCAUCUUGCUGGUAGUAAUGGCCAAAAGAGAUAUGGCAAGGAGAUAAAAAACGAGCAACCAGUCUUUGCUCCAGAGUCAUCCCAGAAAUCCAAGACUAAAGAACCUCCGAUUGUAUUUUCAGAGGAAGACACAAAGCACGUGAGGUACCCACACAUUGACCCUCUUGUUGUUACAAUUCAGCUUACCAACAAGAGGAUAAAAAGGGUGUUGGUGGAUAAAGGAAGUUCAGUGAAUAUUCUAUACAAGGAUACACUGAAGAAAAUGGGAUUGCAAAAUGCGAGUUUGAAACCUUGCAUGGUGAAUUUGUGUGGAUUUAUCGGAGAUAAUGUCACCAGUCAGGGCAUUAUUCAACUCCCAUUAACCGUAGGCGAGCCACCAUUAUCCACAACUGUGAUGCAAGAUUUCCUAGUUGUUGACCUACCAUCAGCCUACAACAUAUUGUUGGGUCGCCGAGUACUAAUCGGACUAGGGGUAGUUAGUUUCACUAAACAUCUGUCUUUAAAAUUUCAGAUGCCAGAAGGUGUAGGUGUCGUGCGAGCUGAUCAGUUACUGGCUCGUUAA